CCCAACAAUUCAGAAGUCAUCAAUUCCUAAGCAAUUAUCUUUUCUAGCAAGUUUUCUGAAGCUGAAUACAAUGCCGGAAUACACAACCCGAGACCUCGCGUCUCACAAGUCCAGAGAUGACCUGUGGAUCGCCAUACAUGGAAAGGGUACUUCCUCCUCAUACCCUUACACUCCUAAAAUGCUAAAACUGAUGAUAACAGUAUACAACGUAACUCCCUACAUCCGCGACCACCCCGGCGGCGCAGACGUCCUCCUCGACACAGCUGGUACCGACGCAUCAGAAGCAUACGACGAAGUCGGCCACUCCGAAGACGCAGACGAAAUCCUGCAAACGUACUUCAUCGGCACCUUGAAAGAUGCACAGGAACACCGUUCGAAGAACAAGACCGUUCGUGUGAUUCAACAACCAGCCAAGUCUACGGUGGAGGUGUCGAAGAGCACUGAGAGCUCGGGGAGUAUACUCAAGACGAUUGCCCUCGUUGCAACCUCGGGCGCAGGCGUGGCGCUCCCUGUAUACCUCUUCUUUUCCUCUGGAGGUAAUAUCGACAUCCAUCGAUUCUUCCCAAAGGGUCUACCCGCAUGGCCAUCGAUAGCCUCACUACAACAAACCGCAACGGCAGGCAAGGGAAGUUUCACAAAGGGUUUCACAACAGCAACCCUCUUCAUGAGCACCCUGGUCGCCCUCGCUAUCCCCAAACUCUCCGCCCUAACAUCCCCCGACUCCGGCUUCAUGAAGUACCCACCGCAUGUAAAAUCGCGCAGAGCACCCAAGCCCAAUCCACAUCUCGCAAAGGGUUUCCUCAACCCCAAGGACUAUAAAUCUCUUCCGCUAGUCCGGAAGGAUGAACUUGCACCGAACGUCUAUCGUUUUGUUUUUGACCUCCCGAAAUCAACGGAUGUCAUCGGUCUUCCUAUCGGACAGCACGUUGCUAUCAAGGCUGUGAUCAACGGGGAGACUGUGUCGCGGUCUUACACGCCGACGUCGAAUAACACUGACCUUGGACGCUUGGAACUAGUCAUAAAAUGCUACCCCGACGGUCUGUUGACUGGCAAAUACCUCGCCGGCUUGCAAAUCGGGGACACAGUGCAAUUCCGCGGGCCUAAAGGCGCAAUGAAAUAUUCCAGAGGUCUUUGUCGAAAGAUCGGUAUGAUUGCCGGUGGAACAGGCAUCACGCCUAUGUACCAACUGAUCCGUGCGAUUUGCGAGGAUGAAGCAGACGAGACAGAGGUUAGUCUAGUGUAUGCGAAUCGCGCGGAGGGGGAUAUUCUAUUGAGGAAGGAGUUGGAAGCGUUUGCGAAGGCGUAUCCGAGAAAAUUGAGAAUUUGGUAUAUGCUUGAUCAGCCGGGGAAAGGUUGGAAGUACGGAUCUGGGUAUGUCACUCCUGAUGUUAUGCGGGAGAAGUUACCAGCGGCAGCACCGGAUACUAGGGUCAUGCUUUGCGGGCCUCCGGGGAUGGUGAAUGCGGCCAAGAAGGGCCUGGUUGGGCUGGGUUUCCAGGCUUCGGGGGCCGUUGCGAAGAUGUCGGAUCAGAUUUUCUGUUUUUAGUUAUUGUCAGUGUCAAUAAGCUUGUAUAGCUUGUAUAAUAGAGCAUUAGAGCAAAUCCGAAUUUCUACCAGGCAAAAAAACACCGGUCAACGGUUGUCAUUGAUCUCAUCCUAACCGCUAUCAACACAACUCCCUCACACGCCAUCCGGAUAUCUUUCACUUCCACG